GGCAGCCGGCGGCUUCACAUCCGGGCGGCUCUCUCGCUCCUCCGUAAUCGCAAUCCUCUUCCCUGCGCUCUCGACCACCGGGGAGGUCUGUGGCUGCAGAAGAAACCCCCCCUCCCCCUAACCCCAGGACACCCGGGCUCCUCCGUUGGCGUCUGGUUCCCGGGCCCCCAACCCCAACCCCCUACCCCGAGUCGCCGCUUCCCCGCACGCACAGCCGGUCGCACAUGACGCGGGCUCCGCCGAUGGUGGUGCACGGCGCCGAGCGCUCCCCGUCGGUGCGACAUCUCCGCGCCGAAGUAGCAUCGCUGGCUAACGUUAGCUAACAACAUCGAUCUGUCCGCUGCUCCACUACCCCCAGAGACCCCUCUCUCUCUCUCUCUCUCUCUCUCUCUCUCUCUCUCUCUCUCUCUCAGGUCGACCCCCCCGCCAUCCGUCACAUCCCAGCUGACUGAAAGCUAACACUGGACCACCGAGGGCCCCCCCUCCUCCUCCUCCUCCCCGACCGUCCAUCGGCCAGCGCAGGAAGCCCACCGGUUUACCCCCUAACGUUUGGGAUUUAGGGCCCGAAACGACAGCUGCCUCAGAGUUUAAACCCCUUAAUAUUUAAAUCACCGACACCCCUCAUCCUCCUCUUCCUCUUCCUCCUCUGUGGCCUUCCAGGGGUCCGUUUCCUCUCUACCUCAACAUCCCGACGCCUCACAGCCCCUGUGUGUCACCUCAGCCGCGCCAUCACCCCGACUCCGCUCGCCCCCCCCCUGUUCCGAGCCCCACCGACACCGGCUCUGCUGCUUCUGACAAUCCGACCAAGGGGCAGUGAUUGCGGCUAACCCCGGCGGACAUCUCCGGUUCUCCCCGUCCCUUUUCUCCCGUCCCUUUUUUUUUUUUGUCUCUCUCAAUCUGGCUGCAGAGGGACACACACACAGUCAGCAAAGUCCAAUUACAGCUCUACCCCCUACAAUCUCCUCCAGUUUGUCCACGACCCCCCACCACCACCACCACCACCACCACUAGGGCAGAUCUCCGUGACACAGCGCCCGAGCCGCGGGUCUCGCCAUGCCGGGUCCGGUGGCAGGUAGCAAGUCCCGUGUGUACGCAGACGUCAAUACCCUGAAGAGCCGGGAGUACUGGGACUACGAGGCCCACGUACCCAACUGGAACAACCAGGAGGACUACCAGCUGGUCCGGAAGCUGGGCAGAGGGAAGUACAGCGAAGUGUUUGAGGCCAUCAACAUCACCAACAACGAGAAGGUGGUGGUCAAGAUCCUGAAGCCCGUCAAGAAGAAGAAGAUCAAGCGAGAGAUCAAGAUCCUGGAGAACCUGCGAGGGGGGACCAACAUCAUCCGACUCGUGGACACAGUCAAAGACCCAGUGUCCAGAACUCCAGCGCUCGUCUUUGAAUGCAUCAAUAACACAGACUUCAAGGAGUUGUACCAGAAGUUGACAGAUUAUGAUAUCCGUUUCUAUAUGUAUGAACUACUGAAGGCUCUGGACUACUGUCACAGUAUGGGAAUCAUGCACCGUGACGUCAAACCCCACAAUGUGAUGAUCGACCACCAGUUGAGAAAGCUACGCCUUAUAGACUGGGGUUUGGCAGAGUUCUACCACCCAUCCCAGGAGUACAACGUCAGAGUGGCCUCACGAUACUUCAAAGGGCCCGAACUCCUGGUAGACUACCAGAUGUAUGAUUACAGUCUAGACAUGUGGAGCUUGGGCUGUAUGCUGGCCAGUAUGAUUUUUCAGAAAGAGCCCUUCUUCCAUGGACAAGACAACUACGACCAGUUGGUGAGAAUUGCCAAGGUCCUGGGGACAGACGAGCUGUUCGGCUACCUGCGCAAAUACCACAUUGAACUGGACCCGCGAUUCAAAGACCUGCUGGGACAGCAGAGCAGGAAGCGCUGGGAACAGUUUGUGCAGACGGAGAACCAGCACUUGGUGAGUCCUGAAGCUCUGGACCUGCUGGACAAGCUGCUACGCUACGACCACCAACAGAGGCUGACCGCCACCGAGGCCAUGGAGCACCCCUACUUCUACCCAGUAAUAAAGGAGCAGUCUCUGUCAAACUCUGACAACAACAUGGUAACCAGUGGCAACACUACGGCACGAUGAAACACAGAUGUGCAAGAAGAAGAAGAUGUUUGUUACCUCAGCUUUGUACCCGGUUGUGACAGUAACUUUGACAAGUGUACAGUGACAAUGGAUCAAAGUAACUCUGACCAGUUACACACCCUUCACAGAUACAUGUAUACGGACACACACACACACACACACACACACACACACACACACACACACACACACACACACACACCUCUACACACGCACACACAUAUGCAUCUAUAUAAGCACACCUUGAUACAAACACACGUGCAGACAUGUAUACACACACACACACACACACACACACACGCCCUCCUCCUCUGUAUCAGUCUGCGAUUGGCUUGUCCUGGUUCCCUGUCCAGCAGCCUGACCAAUGAGCUUGAAGUUGCUCCCCAGUCGUCGUCCCCAGAGUCGUCUUCUUCCUCCCAGCUCAGUCUCAUGUAGGUCAACAAGGACAAAACUACUUUUAAAGACAAUUCAGUCCCUCCUCUCUUUCUUCCCUCCUUUAUAUCAUCCCCCGUUUGUUUGCAUCAGCAUGGAGAAUGAACAGGAGCGUGAGCCUGUACAAGUUCUGACCCCCCCCCC